AUGAUAAGCUCUUGUACGGCUGGUCAAGGUGAAUUCCCACAGAACGCACGUGAAUUUUGGAAACACAUUUCCACCACUACAGAGAUUUCUUUAGUUGAAACAAAAUAUGCAGUAUUCGGUCUUGGUGAUAGUAAAUAUUGGCCCAGAGCUGAAGACAUCAUCUACUACAACAAACCAGGUAAAGAGUUAGAUUCACGCUUGGAACUUUUAGGCGGGCAAAGAUUAUUACCUCUUGGAUUGGGUGAUGAUCAAGAUUCUGAUGGUUAUGAAACAGGGUUUCAAGCUUGGGAACCUUUACUUUGGGAUGCGCUUAAUGUUAAAUUGCUUGGCACUGUUGUUGAAGAGCCUAAAAAAACAGACGAUGAUAUGAAAAUUCAAUCCAAUUAUUUGAGAGGAUCUAUUAAAGAAGGGCUUGAAGAUACUUCAACAGGAGCAUUAGCAGAAGGUGACACCAAGUUGACCAAAUUUCAUGGGAUUUAUCAACAAGAUGAUCGUGAUUUGAGAGAUGAAAGAAAAGCACAGGGAUUAGAAAAGGCUUAUUCGUUCAUGAUUCGUGUCAGAGUACCUGGAGGGGUAUCAACCACUAAGCAAUGGCUGGCUUUGGAUGAAAUAUCUGAAAAAUGGCCAACUGGCUCUUUGAAACUUACAACACGUCAAGCCUAUCAGUUACACGGUGUUCUAAAAAGCAAUUUGAACCGCUGA